AUGUUCGAAUAGGUAGAAGCGGAUUAUAUCGCUCGAUUAGCGCAGUUGGAUAGACGACUGAAAGAGCUGAACGAUGAGAAAGAAAAGCUGUUGAAAGUACACGAUACGACGUUGGAUACGAUGAGACGAACGCUGAAUGAGAAGGACAAAGUGAAUCGUGAAAAACAGGCGAAACUCGAGUCGAGGAUUCAGGAACUGGAGAGAAUUCAAGACAAUCUUAAAGCGGGUCUGUUAGAAGCGUCGAAGCCUGCCACAGGACCAGGUAGUAAAUCACCGCCAACGCCGCCACCGCCACCCCCUGGACCGCAUCGGAUCAGUCAGACUCAGUCAGCAGACGAUGAUACAAACACUUUUCCAGCCCCGCCAUCGACAGCCUCAAUUCCCCCGCCACCCCCACCUCUCCCUCCCCCCGGAAUGCUUGGCGGUGGCGUGCCCCCUCCCCCUCCUCCUCCACCCAUUGCUAAUCACACCUUAUCACCACCAGUCAAUGAUGUUAUGACCAUCAAAAAAAUUUAUAGCACG